CCUACAGACAGUGGCUUUUAUUUCUUGUUGGCCUACGUUACUAUGGUGUUUUGGAUUUAUCUUUAAUACUGUGCGGCUAAAAACAGUGUGUUGAAAUAUUUUUAGUAACUAGCUUGUCAAGACAAUGAAGAACUCCGAAGAAAUACAUUACCUAACAGAAACUAUUUACAAGAAUUUAACAGCAAAGUUCGCUCCUUUAUCGAAGCAAGUAUUGGCUGGCGCAAAAGCAUAUCAUAAAACAUUGCUUGGUACAUCUUCCGCAGCAAGAUCAUACAUCGAGUCACUAGGACGACUUGGACAUGAAUGUAGAACAAACGGGAAAGGGGGAACGGAAGAAAUAGGUCAUGCUAUAUUUAGGAUUGCUGAAGCAUACAAAGAAAUACAAAUGAAAUUCGAAGACUGCACAAAGGCGCUUUUUUCUGAUUUGAUCCUUCCCCUAGAACAAAAGCUGGACAACGAAUUUAGAAAUUCGGCGGCAGAACAACGCAAGUACCAUCAAGGUCAUAAAGAAUUUCUUAGCCCCUAUGAAAAGGCCGUUGCAGCUUUUGAGAAGUUUAAAAAGAAAAGUCAGUCCAAAGGAUUAUUUGUUUUAGACAAAGAAGCUAUGCAUGAAAGAUCUGUUUCCCAAUAUAAAGAAAAGUUGAAUGAAUUCAGAAUUCAGGGAUUAAAACUAGCUUUGUUAGAGGAAAGAAAAUGUUACUGUUUCAUUCUCUCCCAUCUGGCAUCAGUAGCAACUGUUCAACUUCACUACCACGAUAAGGCUGCAUCAAAUCAUAAUAGCAAACUGCUUGAGAGUGAACAUAAUUAUGGCAAUGAUGUUCCAAGAAAAGAAGAAUCUAGUUGGCCGAUGGCAGAUUUUACAUUACACGCUGAUACACCUGUGAGAAACUCAACUGUCUUUUACAAUCAACAAGACGGAAUCGCAGAAGUAGUUUACGCCCACUUUGAUGAAUCCCAAAACCACCUGAAGUGCAAUAUUGGUGAUAUAAUUAGGAUGAUUGGUGAUCCUGUUGAUGGUUGGAAUUAUGCUUAUAAUCCAUCUAUUAACGAAUAUGGUUGGUUCCCAGUCGCAUAUCUGGAUUUUUCACAAUCUAGAAGAAUGCUUAAUCAAAGAGCUAAGAGUGUUACGGAUCUGCAGAAUCUGCUCCCCAUUGAGUACCACCUUACCAACAUGGCAUACCCGGAACAACAGCUGGGCACAUCUAACCGACCCAAAUCCUUACACGAACCAGCCAUUAGAAAUUUGGUAGCUGAUAACUUUAAGAGCACCGAUUAUUCUAGAAGAGAAUACCAUUUCACAAAAGAUAACUCCUCUGGAUCUGAUGUAGGUUUAUACAGAAGUGCCUACACACACAGUGAGACAAGUCAACCCUUACCACCCGCGCCCAUAACAAAUUAUAACGACUCGAUCUUAAACGCAACAAAAGGUUCUUUGACUUCUCCUAACACGCCAGAAGUAGGGAGUCGAAAGAGAGCUAAUUCAAUAGGGACGUACUUACCAAGUGAUCCAUUAUCUUCAUAUCAACAGUUGCAUAAUAUGGCUCCACCUCUCAGCACCUUUACUAAUACAACUUCGACUGGGUCAUUUCAGAUAUCUCCAAGAACAAAUACUCUCCCCCCGCCACCUCCGCCCCUACCACCUCCACCCCCGCCACCCCCACCACCUCCGCCCCCUUCAUCUCUCCCAAAUCCUCCUCCUCUACCAGAUUUGCUGAAUAAAAAAAAAUAA